AUCUUGACCAUGAAGAGUUAAGGCCACGGAGACCAGCCAUGGAUUUAAGGAAGCAAAAAGUCUCUGAGGCUGGCCUGCGUCGCAUGUUUUGAAGGUGUGGGCUGUUGGCGCUACUGUUGAAAACCUAACUGAGACCCAAUGAACCCAAAAAAGUCUCAGGGGCAGAAGGAACGAGGCCUUGAGUGUUGAGAAGCAGGUGACGGCACCAUCCAGGCAUCUGCACCCAUGUCGCUGGCCAUGAAAGCUCGGCAGAAAGUGAGGAGGAAGGCAGUGCCCAAAGACCGGGUCUUUGGGUGUGACUUGGUGGAGCAUCUCCAGUUAUCUGGUCAGGAUGUCCCCCAAGUCCUGAAGAGCUGCACGGAGUUUGUAGAAAAACACGGAAUAGUGGACGGCAUCUACCGGCUGUCAGGGGUCUCGUCGAACAUCCAGAAAUUAAGGCUCGAGUUUGACACUGAGCGCAGCCCUGAUCUCAGCAAAGACAUCUAUCUGAAGGACAUCCAUUGUGUGAGUUCCCUCUGCAAGGCCUACUUCCGGGAGCUGCCCAACCCUCUCCUCACAUACCAGCUGUAUGACAAGUUUGCAGAUGCUGUGGCCAUUAAUCUGGAAGAGGAGCGGCUGGUAAAGAUCAAGGAGGUGCUGAAGGAACUCCCGCAGCAACACUACAGGACCUUGGAGUUCCUGAUAAGGCAUCUGGUCCAUGUAGCAUCUUUCAGCGCCCAGACCAACAUGCAUGUGAGGAACCUGGCAAUUAUUUGGGCUCCUAAUCUGCUCAGGUCCAAGGACAUUGAGACAUCUGGCUUUAAUGGCACAGCAGCCUUUAUGGAGGUCCGCAUCCAGUCCAUUGUGGUGGAGUUUAUCCUGACCCAUGUGGAACAGCUUUUCGGAGAUGCUCCGCUCUGUGCAGGUACCCGUGAAUCUCUCCGGAAAUCCCUCCUUCUUAUGGGGUCACCAACAACCCUCCUUGAUGACAAAUACUGCUUUCCCUGCAAUGUCCCAACUAUGCUGAACCAGGGGGAUGGUCCUCCACAGAUGCGUCCAUACCACACCAUUAUUGAUCUCAAUGACAAUAAAAGAAAGGGCUCCCUGAAGGCAAAGAAAUGGAGGUCCAUCUUCAACCUUGGCCGAUCCAGCAAUGACUCAAAGCGCAGGUUGAACAAGUCAGAGGAAAAAGUAGACAAAAUGCGACUGCGGCCAGCCAAAAGCAUGGAUUCCCUUAGCUCUAUGCCAUGCGUGAGUGAUGAUGUUGCUCAGCUGGGGAAAAAGAGGUCCCAGAAGCAGUUCCUUCAAAGCCACGACAGUUUUAACAGCCAUUUAUCUCAAGACAACAGCUUCCUGGAGUCGGAGAAGACCAAAGCCGAGGAAGGAACGGGUGAAUCCGAGGGGGAAGCCACUGCUAAGUCAGAACCUACCACCCCAAAAGCCAGCAGGUCCAGCCUUGUUGGGGUGACCCCUCAAGGACGAUCACCUCAGUCUUCACGGAACCGGGCAGAGAAAUGUGCUGGGGUUCACAUCUCGGGGCCUUUCUCCGUCACGGUCCCUUUCCACAUUACCUCCAACUGCACUUUGUCCCGAUUGACCCGGGGGCUGGAGUGCCCUGCUCUAAGCUACUGUACUUUGGACAAGGAGGCUCUUGAUACUUCUUUGGCCACAGAGGAAAUACCUUCUUUGAAGCAGAAAGAGGACAAGCCCAAGCUGAUGUCUGAGACCAGCAUGUCUGACACCAGCAUGGACAAGAAAGAUCCUUCAGGUAAGUCCGCUGGUUUUCCCAGUCAGCUGGGAAAUUUGACAGCAGAUUCUGAUAUAAACCAGUUAUCCCUGGAAGUUCAGAAUUCGUUUUCCUUUCUCGACAGCCAGGAUGCUUGGCUGGGCAACAGUCUCGAGAGCGACCCACCCUGGAAGAGUUUGCACACAGCCCCUGAUUAUGCAGGCAAAGAGGAUGACUUCCCAACAGUGGAUGAUGACAUGGGGAGUGGGUUCAUGAAUGAAAUGAUGGAAGAAAGCUGGCAGUUGGAGACAUUUUCUGCUGCCCCGUCGCUGAACUAUCUGUCCAUUGAGGAGUGUAUGAAUGAACAUUCAGAUGAAGAGGAUGACCAGUACUAUUUGGCCACAGGCUGUUUGGACGAGGAAGAGCACUCCAAGGAGGGGGACUCUGAAGAAGUCUAUCUGAGUGCUUAUGAUGACCUCAGCCCUUUAGCUACUGAAUUAAAGCAUUUUCAGCAACUUAAUAAAGCUCCGGAUGCCCUUCUCACAGGGAACUUGACAGAAAAUCAACCCCUCAGUCUGGCUGAGGAGACUUCACCUGGAAACCCGUCAGUAUUUGAAGCAGAGGUGGAACUUCUGCCAAGCAGUCCUCCUGAAAAAGACCCACAAUUAACCAAUUCACACCUUGGUUCAGAACAAACUAGCCUGGCAGAGGAAGAGGAUGGGGUCUCCCUGAGCUUCAAAAGGGAUUCCCAUGAAUUGGAAACAUCUGAGAAGAACGGAACCAAAACCAUUAAGGUAAAGCCCGGUUCUCCUUUGACUCUGCAAGCGGUAGAUGCAAAUGCUGGAGAUGAAGACGACCUCCUUCUUGAAACAGGAUGUUUGCUUCAAGCAGAACACCCUAUCAGAGUUUCAGAAGAAAACCGGGAAAAAACUCAGGACAGCAUCACUCAGGGAACUCAACUAAGCCUCAAGGUUGAGCAGCAACUGCAAGCUCAGGUUGCAUCAGAAGCUGAGCAGGUUCAGAGGCCUCCUUACAUGCCCAGCUUAGAGGCUGAUGGACCAACUCUGUCAGAGGUUGUUGGAACAGCUGAUGAACACGUGGACUGUGAAUUCCUGCUUCAAGAGGCACAGCAGCUACUGAGCAGAGAGGUUGCCCAACCGGAGAUUUCCCAAGCUCCUUCAUCACUGGAAGAUCAAAGUUUGACUGGGACUCAUCUCCAGGUUUCUCCUUCAUCAGGCAGUGCAUCUGAAAUGCCAAGUUCUGAGACACACUCUCUGCCUUCCCCUUUGCUCGACGUGAGUCUUGAACAAACUGCUUUGCCCCGCCCAUCCACUCCCUAUUCCCCCUUAUUUGACGAUUGCCCUGAGUCUUCUUUGUUGUCGCUCAUGACCUCUUCCCACAUGAGCUGUCCAGAAAGUCUUCUGCAGAACACUUUUUAUGCCCCACCAGAAGAAGCUUCAGUUGCCCCGAAGCACAGUAUCCAACCGGAUGGAAGUGUCUCCAUGAGAAAGACCUCCAGCACUUUCAGAGUCCAGCAGGUGAAAUCUUUCCCGGUGGUGCCUCCAAAGCCACAGUUUGCCAAGAUCCCUCCUUCCUUAUUGCCAGUCUCUCCUUCCAAGGAAGCCGCCAACUGGUGGCCUGACCCACCAAUCUCAGAUCAGACUGAUGGAAACGAGAAGACAAAUGAGUCCAACGAGGACAUUACACACAAACCACCUUGCCCCUCCAAUAGCAAUGAAUCUGUAGAACCUGUCCCUUCAUCUUCUGAGAUGCCCACCUCUCCAGGUAACCAUCUCAGUGGUUCGGGGACCCUUCAGAAGCAGCGGAAUUCAAUGCCGGUGUAUCUGGAGAAAUACGGCAGGGAUAAUGAGAGCCGAGGGGACAUCCUCCCAAAUUUGCAGUGCUCCUCGCCUGUAGGUUUGGAUAAAUGCACCCAUUGGUCCAAGUAUGAGCUCAGCGGAGAUGACCUCCAGAACAUGAAACGCUCCCUUCCAGGGAAUUUAGAUGAACGCGGUGGACAUUCUAAGAGAGAUGACAGGAAGGGGGAGCCACCCCAGAAGCAUCCCCUGCACAUGCACGGCGAACGCAGCGAGGCUGUCCCUCAGAAGCAGAGGUGGACCAGCUGGCGCAAUGGAGGGAGCAUGUCCUUUGAUGAGGCGGUUGCCCUUGCCAAAGAGAGGCAUGGGGCUCAAGUCCCAAUGAGGAGGAUGCAGACCUAUUGCUAUGGAGAUGCCGAGGGCCUGCUGGGCCUCCCCAGAUCGGAAAAGCCUCCCCCUUUCCCGAAACCUGCCCUGAAACCCUUAGGUCAGCGCCAUCUGAGACCUCGGAGCUGCGCAGGCACGGCUGCAUCCCCAGAGCCUCUCCUUUUGGGGAAACCCCUUCUUGCUCAAGCAUCGUCUGACAACACCGUGGAAGGUCAGCUUUCGCCUAACCAGGAAGCCUCUUUUCUUACUCAUGACCUUCUGCCCAGGAGCAGGCUGAGCUUGGCAAAGAUAGGAAGGCGCUUAUCUCUGUCAGAAGAGAUAACAGGUGCAGGGCAAUAGCAACAGAGCGGCCUUGGAAGCCACUGGGGCUUUAGCCAUCCCUAAUUCAGUAUCAGACUAUGGCCUAAAAACGUUAUUUGCUCAUACUGCAACAGAAUUCAGCUUGCAUUCCUCCAGACUGCAAUAUUUCACGAAAAAGCCUUUUGAGUUAGUGAAAUAGGUUUUUUUUUCCUUUGCAGAA